AUAUCGCAACACUGUUUUCCAGUUGAAUUUUUCGGUCUUUCGAUUUCUCUUGUCAGCUCCGCGUAAAACAUGGAGAAUCGUUCGAUAUCUAAGAAGAGGAAGUUUGUAGGAGAUGGUGUCUUCAGGGCUGAGCUGAACGAGUUCUUGACUCGUGAGCUCGCUGAGGAUGGAUACUCUGGUGUGGAGGUUCGCGUAACUCCUAAUCGUACGGAGAUCAUUUUACUUGCAACGCAUACCCAAAGCGUUUUAGGUGAGAAGGGAAGAAGAAUCAGGGAACUGACAUCUGUGGUUCAAAAGAGGUUUAACUUCAAAGAACCACAAAAUGUGGAAUUGUAUGCUGAGAAGGUUGCCACGCGUGGUCUUUGCGCAAUUGCUCAGGCUGAGUCUCUUCGAUACAAACUGAUUGGUGGUCUUGCUGUGCGAAGGGCGUGCUAUGGUGUUCUGCGUUUUAUCAUGGAAUCUGGCGCUAAAGGUUGCGAAGUCGUAGUUAGUGGAAAACUGCGUGGACAAAGAGCAAAGUCGAUGAAAUUCGUUGAUGGUCUUAUGAUUCAUUCGGGUGAACCAACUAACGAGUAUGUGAACACUGCCACCCGACAUGUGCUCCUUCGGCAAGGUGUAUUGGGUAUCAAAGUCAAAAUUAUGUUGCCUUGGGAUCCGAAUGGCAAGAGCGGCCCCAAGAAGCCUUUGCCUGAUUAUGUGAGCAUUGUAGAACCCAAGGAGGAGGUACCACCAUCAGUUCCAAUUUCUGAGGUGAAGCCAUCAAAAGACAUACCUCAACCAACUCCUCUCUCCGUGUAACGAUUAUUUGAAUAAAAAAUAAAUACAGAAAAUAAAAUUUA